CGUCAACCGGAAGCAGCUCCCCCCUCUCUCUCUCUCUCGUUCUCCUCCGCUACUAGUCUGUUUGACAACAAAACAAACACGACUAGAAUGUUCUCUCUUAUUUGCUGCCGUUUGUUGGCAGCUAUCAAGUUGUACCUGCUUGGCUUGCAGGUCCUUGUGAUCCAGCUCCUCAGCACACGCUUCAGGUUGCCAGCGAUGCCCAGACAAGAUGGCAAGGUUGCCGUAGUGACGGGAGGAGACAGUGGAAUCGGCUAUGAGGUCGCCCGCCACAUGGCCAAGCUGGGGGCGCACGUUAUCAUAGGUUCCAGGAAUGAGCAGCGGGGCCUGGCGGCCGUCAAAAGGAUCCAGGCAGAGCGCAGCGAGGCUCAAGUGGACUUCCGGAAACUGGACCUGGCCUCUCUGCAGUCCGUCCGUCAGUUCGUCCAAAGCUUCAAGGAGCGCGACUUACCACUCAAUAUCCUGAUUAAUAAUGCGGGGGUGAUGCUGGUUCCCGAGGGCCGCACAGAAGAUGGAUUUGAAGUGCACUUUAGUGUCAACUAUCUGGGCCACUUCCUGUUGACCUGGCUGCUUCUGGACAAUUUGAAAAGCAGCGGCAAACCCGCGAGCUUCUCCCGCGUGGUCAACAUUUCCUCCUCGGCACACCGCCUCGGCCAGAUCCGACUGGACGACUUGAACAGCAGCCAGCGCUACUCGGCCCACGGAGCUUAUUGUGACAGUAAGCUGGCCCAGAUCCUGUUCAGCUCCCACCUCCACCAGGAGCUGCGGCGGGGAGCUUUCCCGGUGACUUCCUGCGCUGUGGAUCCUGGCAUGGUGGACACUGCUCUCUACUGCCACCUGUGGACACCCCUACGCCUGGCACAGGGUGUGGUGGCACGCCUGCUUUUCAAGACUCCUGCCGAGGCGGCCGCCACCGUCUUGUACGCCGCUCUGUCACCAGCACUGGAGGAGGACUGCGGCGCAGGCUACUGGGCCAACGGGCGCCGGGAGAGGACCGCGCCUCCGGCCUCCGACCCUCGGACGCAGCGCCUCCUUUGGGAAACCAGCCACAGGUUUUUGUCCCAGUAGCACCGACAGCCGUGUUUAUUCCGUUGUUGCAGUUUACCUUGACAAUCUCACAACCCCCUCCCCCCUCGCGGACCGGAUGGGUUAAAGACGGACCUUUUUGCUUCAGUCUCGCCACAAACAAACAAACAAAAAAAAGGGCUAGACUGGAUGAAAUGAACUUUUUUUCACUGUGAGUUCCGUGAAGGACUGAGGAGGUUGAUGCCCUGACGCCUGCCUUAACGUCCUGGGAGUAUGUCGACAAAAACCUCUUCUCAAUGCGAUCCUCAAGCACGCGGGGAUGAUGUCAUCACCUCCGCAGUUCUUCCAUCCUCUCAAGAUGUCGCCUACUUUACUGGCAGCACUUUCCGGUGCAGGGGUGUCCAGUUAUAUUAUUAGAAUAAUAAUAAUACAAAUAAUUAUUAUAAUUGGAUAUUAAGAGUAUGUGGAAGUUCGACUCCAACUUUGUUUACUUCCGUGACCGCCUCCUUAAAGUUUUAUAAUCAAUCAGAAGAAAGCAGAGAGUUUUGUUUGCUUUUUUCCCAUCAUGCAUUGCAGGGGAAUUUAAAUGGGUGUCAUUCUGAAUUAUGUGUUGUGUUUGGACUUUUUUUUUUAUAAUAUCCACAAAGGUUGUGUUACGUGGAACCAUGCGUGUUGACUUUCUGUGUUGGUUUUUUUUGCGCCACGGGUGGAGAAAGGUUGUUUGGAUUGGGCCAUAGGUAAAAAUGCUGUGCUGUGUGCACUUCAGAGUGAAAUUUAUGUUAAUGAACCUGAUGAACUAAAUUUGAAAGUUGUUUGGAUUGGGUCAUAUGUAAAAAUGCUGUGCCGUAUACACUUCAAACUGCAAUUUAUGGUCAUAAACCCGGUUAAGAAAUGUUAAAGGUUGUUUGGAUUGGGUCAUAUGUAAAAAUGCUGUGCCGUGUACACUUCAAAGUGCGAUUUGUGGUCAUUAACCAGAUUAACUAAUGUUAAAGGUUGUUUGGAUUGGGUCAUUGGUAAAAAUUCUGGCUGUGUACAUGUAAAAGUGCAAUUUAUGGUCAUUAACCCGGUUAACUAAUGUUAAAGGUUGUUUGGAUUGGGUCGUAUGUAAAAAUGCUGUGCCGUGUACACUUCAAAGUCCGAUUUAUGGUCAUUUACCCGAUUAACUAAUGUUAAAGGUUGUUUAGAUUGGGUCGUAUGUAAAAAAAACUUUGGUGUGUACACUUCAACGUGCAAUUUAUGGUCAUUAACCCAAUUAACUAAAUUUAAAGGUUGUUUGAAUUUGGGUCAUAGCUAAAAAUGCUGUGCUGUGUGAACGUCUAUGUGCAAUUUAUGGUCAUUAACCUGACUAACUAAUGUUAAAGGAUGUUUGGAUUGGGUCUUAUGUAAAAAAAAAACUUUGAUGUGUACACUUCAAAAUGCAAUCUUAUGGUUAUUAACCCGAUUAACUAAUGUUAAAGGUUGUUUGGAUUGGGUCAUAUGUAAAAAUGAUGUGCCGUGUACACUUCAAAGUCCGAUUUAUGGUCAUUUACCCGAUUAACUAAUGUUAAAGGUUGUUUAGAUUGGGUCGUAUGUAAAAAAAAACUUUGGUGUGUACACUUCAAUGUGCAAUGUAUGGUCAUUAACCUAAUUAACUAAAUUUAAAAGUUGUUUGGAUUGGGUCAUAUGUAAAAAUGCUGUGCCGUGUACACUUCAAAGUGCAAUUUUUGGUCAUUGACCCGGUUAACUAAUGUUAAAGGUUGUUUGGAUUGGGUCAUAAGUAAAAAUGCUGUGCUGUGUGCACGUCAAAGUGCAAUUUAUGGUCAUUAACCUGGUUAACUAAUGUUAAAGGUUGUUUGGAUUGGGUCGUAUGUAAAAAUGCUGUGCCGUGUACACUUCAAAGUCCAAUUUAUGGUCAUUUACCCGAUUAAGUAAUGUUAAAAGUUGUUUAGAUUGGGUCGUAUGUAAAAAAAAACGUUGGUGUGUACACUUCAAUGUGCAAUUUAUGGUCAUUAACCCAAUUAACUAAAUUUAAAGGUUGUUUGAAUUUGGGUCAUAGCUAAAAAUGCUGUGCUGUGUGCAUGUCUAUGUGCAAUUUAUGGUCAUUAACCUGACUAACUAAUGUUAAAGGAUGUUUAGAUAGGGUCUUAUGUAAAAAAAAAAACUUCGGUGUGUACCCUUCAAAGUGCAAUUUAUGGUCAUUGACCCGGUUAACUAAUGUUAAAGGUUGUUUGGAUUGGGUCGUAUGUAAAAUUGCUGUGGUGUGUACACUUCAAAGUGCAAUUUAUGGUCAUUAACCUGAUUAACUAAAUUCAAAAGUUAUUUGGAUUGGGUCAUGAGUAAAAUUACAAAUUGCAAUUUGUGGUCAUUAACCUGAUGAACUAAAUUUUAAAGUUGUUUGGAUUGGGUCAUAAGUACGAAUGCUGUGCUGUGUACACUUCAAAGUCCUAUUUAUGUUAAUUAACCUGAUUGACUAAUGUUAAAGGUUGUUUGGAUUGGGUCGUAUAUAAAUAUGCUGUGCCGUGUACACUUGAAAGUGCAACUUUUAUGGUCAUUAACCCGAUUAACUAAUGUUAAAGGUUGUUUGGAUUGGGUCAUAAGUAAAAAUGCUGUGCUGUGUGCAUGUCAAAGUGCAAUUUAUGGUCAUUAACCCGAUUAACUAACGUUAAAGGUUGUUUGGAUUGGGUCAUAAGUAACAAUGCUGUGCUGUGUGCAUGUCAAAGUGCAAUUUAUGGUCAUUAACCCGGUUAACUAAUGUUAAAGGUUGUUUGGAUUGGGUCAUAAGUAAAAAUGCUGUGUUGUAUACAUGUAAAAGUGCAAUUUAUGGUCAUUAACCCGGUUAACUAAUGUUAAAGGUUGUUUGGAUUGGGUCGUAUGUAAAAAUGCUGUGCCGCGUACACUUCAAAGUCCGAUUCAUGGUCAUUUACCCGAUUAACUAAUGCUAAAGGUUGUUUAGAUUGGGUCGUAUGUAAAAAAAACUUUGGUGUGUACACUUCAACGUGCAAUUUAUGGUCAUUAACCCAAUUAACUAAAUUUAAAGGUUGUUUGAAUUUGGGUCAUAGCUAAAAAUGCUGUGCUGUGUGAACGUCUAAGUGCAAUUUAUGGUCAUUAACCUGACUAACUAAUGUUAAAGGAUGUUUAGAUUGGGUCUUAUGUAAAAGAAAACUUUGGUGUGUACACUUCAAAGUCCAAUUUAUGGUCAUUGACCUGGUUAACUAAUGUUAAUGGUUGUUUGGAUUGGGUCAUAAGUAAAAAUGCUGUGCUGUGUGCAUGUCAAAGUGCAAUUUAUGGUCAUUAACCCGGUUAACUAAUGUUAAAGGUUGUUUGGAUUGGGUCGUAUGUAAAAUUGCUGUGGUGUGUACACUUCAAAGUGCAAUUUAUGGUCAUUAACCUGAUUAACUAAAUUCAAAAGUUAUUUGGAUUGGGUCAUGAGUAAAAUUGCAAAUUGCAAUUUGUGGUCAUUAACCUGAUGAACUAAAUUUUAAAGUUGUUUGGAUUGGGUCAUAAGUACGAAUGCUGUGCUGUGUACACUUCAAAGUCCUAUUUAUGUUAAUUAACCUGAUUGACUAAUGUUAAAGGUUGUUUGGAUUGGGUCGUAUAUAAAUAUGCUGUGCCGUGUACACUUGAAAGUGCAACUUUUAUGGUCAUUAACCCGAUUAACUAACGUUAAAGGUUGUUUGGAUUGGGUCAUAAGUAACAAUGCUGUGCUGUGUGCAUGUCAAAGUGCAAUUUAUGGUCAUUAACCCGGUUAACUAAUGUUAAAGGUUGUUUGGAUUGGGUCAUAAGUAAAAAUGCUGUGUUGUAUACAUGUAAAAGUGCAAUUUAUGGUCAUUAACCCGGUUAACUAAUGUUAAAGGUUGUUUGGAUUGGGUCGUAUGUAAAAAUGCUGUGCCGCGUACACUUCAAAGUCCGAUUCAUGGUCAUUUACCCGAUUAACUAAUGCUAAAGGUUGUUUAGAUUGGGUCGUAUGUAAAAAAAACUUUGGUGUGUACACUUCAACGUGCAAUUUAUGGUCAUUAACCCAAUUAACUAAAUUUAAAGGUUGUUUGAAUUUGGGUCAUAGCUAAAAAUGCUGUGCUGUGUGAACGUCUAAGUGCAAUUUAUGGUCAUUAACCUGACUAACUAAUGUUAAAGGAUGUUUAGAUUGGGUCUUAUGUAAAAGAAAACUUUGGUGUGUACACUUCAAAGUCCAAUUUAUGGUCAUUGACCUGGUUAACUAAUGUUAAUGGUUGUUUGGAUUGGGUCAUAAGUAAAAAUGCUGUGCUGUGUGCAUGUCAAAGUGCAAUUUAUGGUCAUUAACCCGGUUAACUAAUGUUAAAGGUUGUUUGGAUUGGGUCGUAUGUAAAAUUGCUGUGGUGUGUACACUUCAAAGUGCAAUUUAUGGUCAUUAACCUGAUUAACUAAAUUCAAAAGUUAUUUGGAUUGGGUCAUGAGUAAAAUUGCAAAUUGCAAUUUGUGGUCAUUAACCUGAUGAACUAAAUUUUAAAGUUGUUUGGAUUGGGUCAUAAGUACGAAUGCUGUGCUGUGUACACUUCAAAGUCCUAUUUAUGUUAAUUAACCUGAUUGACUAAUGUUAAAGGUUGUUUGGAUUGGGUCGUAUAUAAAUAUGCUGUGCCGUGUACACUUGAAAGUGCAACUUUUAUGGUCAUUAACCCGAUUAACUAAUGUUAAAGGUUGUUUGGAUUGGGUCAUAGGUAAAAAUGCUGGCUUUGUGCAUGUAAAAGUGCAAUUUAUUGUCAUUAACCCGGUUAACUAAUGUUAAAGGUUGUUUGGAUUGGGUCGUAUGUAAAAAUGCUGUGCCGUGUACACUUCAAAAUCCGAUUCAUGGUCAUUUAUCCGAUUAACUAAUGCUAAAGGUUGUUCAGAUUGGGUUGUAUUUAAAAAAAACUUUGGUGUGUACGCUUCAAAGUGCAAUUUAUGGUCAUUGACCCGGUUAACUAAUGUUAAAGGUUGUUUGGAUUGGGUCAUAAGUAAAAAUGCUGUGCUGUGUGCAUGUCAAAGUGCAAUUUAUGGUCAUUAACCCGGUUAACUAAUGUUAAAGAUUGUUUGGAUUGGGUCUUAUGUAAAAUGGCUGUGGUGUGUACACUUCAAAGUGCAAUUUAUGGUCAUAAUGCUGUCCAUAAGGUGGUUGGAAACUUGCAACCAUGACGUGGGAAGCACAUUGUGGGCCACAUUCCUCAUUAGUUUGGACACCCCUGUUUUAGUUCUUCUUUGGACCUCCUGCCUUCAUGCGUGGAAACCCUCCCACUGUCAGACCUUCACACUGACUGCUCUACUGCUGUUUGAGCUGCAACUAAAUAUAGAAAGUCGGGUAUUUUGGGGGGAAUAAUCCCUCCCGCCCCUCCCUCCUCUUUUGGAAAAGCCGUUUUGUUUUAGCGAAACGCUAUUUUCCCAAACCAGGAUUUUCUCUGAGGCCGAGAAAAAAAAAGGGAAAAGAUCAAUUGGGUAAGACGCCAAGAACCGGAGCUCCGAAUCCACUCCACGUUCAUGUCUUGCACAACCAUAGUCGGACCUUAAAAGUUAGUAGCAAACAUAAAAAAGCAGUUCUUUUUUUUUUUCCAAUGAUCAUUCUGUGAUUGGUUCCCCGCUGCUCCCAAUGCAUUGUGGGUGUGAGACUGGCGCUCCACCUGCUGCACACACACACACUUUCUUGUAUUUCGGACCUUCUUGGGACCUGCGAAAAACGCCUACCUCUUUAGGACCACCCUUUGUAGAUGCAUAAAGAUUUGUAUAUAAUUAGUAAUAUAUACAUUCUAUCCAAAGAUAAAAAAGGGCAAGAUUUUAGUUAAUUUUAUUUACUUUUAUUUAUUUUUUUUGUUUGUAAUUGUGUGAAUGCUCCAGAACAUUCACACAUAUGGUUUUGUACACCAAAAUUCCACUAUUUAUUCUUAUUAUUAUUAUUAUUCUCCUCCUUCCACAUUUUUCGUAAAUAACAAAAUGAUAAAAGGCCAUAUCGCCCAGCCCUAAUUAGCGCCCCCUUGUGAGUGCUCUGUUUAUUGUGUGAACGCUCCAAAGCAGGGGUAGGGAACCUAUGGCUCUAGAGCCAGAUGUGGCUCUUUUGAUGACUGCAUCUGGCUCUUGGAUAAAUCUGAGCUGACUUUGCUUAACACGAUAAGUAAUGAAUAAUUCCACUUGUAAUCAGUGUUAAAAAUAAUGUUGAAAAUAUAAAACAUUCUCAUGUAUUUUUAAUUCAUCCAUCCGUUUCCUACCGCACCUGUUCAAGAAGUUGUGUUAAUGGUAAGAAGUUAUUUAUUUAUUAUUGGUUAGUGUGGGGCUUGCCCUCCUGGGGGUUCUUCACACCACCAAGCACCGACAUGAGAGCCUGUUUCAGGGUUACAAUAUUGUUUUAUUUUUCAAUAGUUUCCAGCAGUUGUCUUUUUCUCUUUCGUUCUCG